AUGUUCAACGAAAUCUCCACCCAGCACAGAGUGCCAAAUGCUCGUGGGACACGAAGUCCUCGGACACGAAGUCCCAGCGCACGACGAUCUACAGUUCCUCCAGAUGCCCGGCUCUCCAAAGGAUCCCAUCAGAUUGACACCAAUAAUGCUGUACAAACACUGUCUCAAGACAGAGGACGACCAGAAUGUGUCCACCGACAAAAGGGAGACACUUCUAGAGAAAGUUCAUUGCUGCGAGUUGGCCGUGACCACAGAGCCGUCAGUGAAGUCAGACCUCGUGACACCAGCUAUAUACGAUUUGAUCCCAACUCGCCCAACUUGCGGAAACGGUUCUCUCGAAAUAGUACUGAGUUGCUUCAUACUGCUAUAAACCAGAAUCAUCAGUUUAAGACUGCCCUCACCCGCUCGAUGUCAGCGCAAAGUAUCUCCAGCCAGCAUGAUACGGACAGAAAGAAGAAUAUACCGAUGGUGCAUGAACAUUUUCUUCAGGGUCUGCAACUUCAACAACAACAACAGCAACAGCAAAUUCUGCAUCCAAGUCGCCCUCCUGCUGUUCUCUGGAAUUCUUUCAAUAUUGCUGGACAGAAUCCGGAAUCAGACGCAGAAGACAAAAAUAGUAAAGAUAGCGGAGCGAAACCGAACUUCCUCGUAAAAGCCAGUAUCUCACCUCUAACUGUGCUCAAAGACGAGUACGAUACCAAGCGUCCACUGACAAAUGUCAGCGUAUCUAUUAGUGGCCUUUCGAACACCGACAAUUCUUUCCAGAACCUAGUAGAGUCGGGUUCCAGCAAAGUGUCAGAUAAUACCAGUGCAACACUUGCUAAUUCACAAGCGGACUCAAACUCUAAUAUCAACACGUCCAGUCGGAUCUACAGUCGCAUGAGUCAAAUUAUCAACAUCGCACAUAACAGCAUGCAUUCGCUUGUUCCCAUGCUUUCGCUCAAGGAAGACGAGGCCGGAGAAGAAUCAGUAGCAGCAGAAACAAUUCACUCCGGCAAUAUCUCCAACUUCCAAAGCGAGCUGGACGAGUCGGAUAAUGAGUACGAUCCAGAGUUCCACAACUCAGAUGUACCCUACAAUAUUGACCUGGUGAAAUCUCCUUCCGUUCUUGUAAAUAGUGUAAAUUCUCAAAACGGAACGGGUUCCCCAUCACAAGAUUUCACUGAGAUCAUUAACGAAAUCAACGAUUUUCAAAGCAAUUUUGUUGACAGAUUCAACAGUAAUACUCCUACGAGCGCCAUUACUCAAAAGCUCAAUAGAACCCAGCAGAAAAUUCUCGAUUAUAAAGAAUUGCAUGCGCUUGAAUCUCCUACAACAGUACCGAGUUUCUCAGGCAAGCCAACCGAAUACGAGAUUCUGAACUCGUACAACUUGAAAAUUCAACACGAAACCAUAUUGUCUCAGUAUACUUCGAUUCGUUUACGGUUUGCCAGUAAAGUCAGCUCCAAUCAGGAUAAAGUAAAAAAACAGAUGAGAACCCAUACAGGUGUACUUGGGUUUGUUAAUAGGGUGCAUUUUCUCAACGAGCUCGAACCCAACGAAUCCAGUUGGUACCAUCGCUGCAAUUCCACAAGUCUGGACGAGGAACAUAGCAUAACUUUUGAUAAUAAGGAUGCAUUCCUCAAAAAGAUGUGGAACGAUGAAGUAGAAAACUUGUUUCACAAUGCUAAACAUGAUCAACUGCAUGAGCUUGGACUGAGAACAGCAGAGGAGAAUCAUUCUGAGGACUCGACAUAUUACAACGAAAUGAGCAAGACUAUUAAUAUUUCAGAUCUUGCCAAAAAUGUAAGGUUGAACUGA